AUGUACACGCAGCCGCAGCAGAUCACGCAGUACGGUUCGGGGUUCCAGGUCGUGGAUACUGAUGGUCGCACUCAUGAGGUGGGGUACUCCAAGCAGGUGAUGAUGAAUGUGUCGGAAGAUAAGGGGAAGAGUCCGUCGCAGGAGUAUCCGGGGGAGUUGAAGCUGUGA